ACAGUCUUAUACAGCAUCUGAAAUAGACAGCACGUAAUUUUUUUACGAGAAGGAUUUCUUGUGAUCUUCACUAAAAUGGCAAUAUUAACCCAAUGUGCUCUUCUGGAUACGCUCGCGAUACUCUCUUCACUUUUCGCAACACUUUACUUGUGGAUGAAAUGGAAACAUACCUAUUGGCAGAGACGCGGCAUACGUUCAUUGCCCGCACAUUGGUUCUUCGGUCACUUUAAAGAUGCAAUUCUGAUGCGUAAAUCGGCGGGAGUAGUUUUAGGCGACCUACAUCACCAAGGGACGGACGAAGAUGAUGUUCUGGGAAUUUACAUCUUACAUAAGCCGUUUUUGCUUGUGAGAAAUCCCGAGCUGAUCAAGCAAAUAAUGAUUAAGGACUUUCACAUAUUCCCGAAUCAUCAUUUCUCUGCAAGAAGCAGUACUGAUAAAGUCAGCAAGUGGAGUCUCUUCACCAUAGAUAAUCCCGAAUGGAAGUACCUAAGGGCGAAAAUGUCACCGGUGUUCACAAGCGGCAAGCUGAAAAAUCUCUUUUUACUGAUGCAAGAAUCCGGGGAAAAGAUGAGGGACUAUCUGCGCGAUUACGUAGGGAAAGAAUCCAAAGCCGUACCAAUUAUCAUAAAAGACACGUUCUACAAGUACACUACCGAUGUAAUAUCGUCCGUAGCGUUUGGGAUUCGAACGAAUUGCUUUGACACACCGCCGCCAGAAUUUUACGUCAACGCACGUAAGGCUUUCACACCGUCCCUCCGAAGAUCUAUACAAUUCUUCUUCUUAUUCUUCUUGCCGAAGAUUGGAAAGUAUGUGGGUGCUUCAAUGCUUGGCGAUUACACAGAUUACUUUCGCAAGAUCUUUUGGAACUCUAUGGAUAACAGAAGCGCCACAAAAAUGAAACGAGGGGAUUUAAUUGAUUCACUUUUGCAAUUAAAAGACGAGAAGCCAGAUAAUAAUUUUCAGUUCGAGGAAGAUGCUCUACUUGCACAAGCGGCAAUUUUUUUCGUGGCCGGUCGCGAAACCAGCAUUACCACUAUGAUUUGCGUUCUCUUCGAAUUGGCCAAACAACCGGAAUUGCAGAAACGUGUCAGAGAGGAGAUUUUUGAGAAGAUCCAGGAAGCGAAUGGUGUGACAUAUGAAGCGGUUCAAAAUAUGAAGUAUCUGCAUCAAGUGAUGAACGAAACGCUGAGGUUGUAUCCGCCUGCUCCGAUCCUCGAUAGAUUGCCUCUCAGCGAUUACACAUUUCCUGGUACAAAGAUAACUAUCGAAAAAGAUACACCUGUGUUCGUUGCAUUACGUGGCCUUCAUUCUGAUCCAAGAUACUACCGCGAUCCAAUGUGUUUCGACCCUGAACGAUUCAGCGACGAAAGAAAGAAUGAAAUUGUACCCUGCACCUUCCUACCCUUCGGAGAAGGUCCACGAAAUUGUAUAGGUCUGCGACUGGGAAUUUUGCAAACAGCCGUGGGAUUAAUAGCGAUUCUGCGCGAUUAUGAAGUCACAUUAAAUCCUUCGUGGCCAUCUCCCAUAGAUCCACGAAGUGUAUUCACAUCGCCAGUAAUGAAGUUCUUGCUGAACUUGAAAAAGAUAUAAUAUAAUAGCGAUAAGCAUUGAACUGUGUAUCGCCCGAUUUCUGACAAAUUGAUUAGAAAAUGGCUAUAAUAAAAAAAAGGAGUUUCUUUGUGAAUGAGAAUGUAAAUAUCAACUGAUUAAAAAAUCAUAAGUUAAGUACG